CUCGGGCAGCGGGGCGAGGUGUCCCGGGUCCUCCUACGUCACUCAGAACUCGGCGUCAGGCACCAUCCCCCGAGACUGCCUUCUCCAUUGUUUCGCGACUUCUUACCAUAGAUUAUUACACUGCAUUGUACUGUACACUACAGGUUGUACGCCCACGCCCGAAGUUGCGACCCAUACCCGUACCUACCUUCCUACUACAUAAGCGAGGCCACAAACACAAUGACGAGCCUAGUUCCGCGUCCGCCUUACACUGAUGAGGAGCUCCGGAAGCUCUACCCGGAGGGCCUGGAGCUGCAAUUGGUGCAGAUCCUGAUGCGGCACGGCGAGCGCACUCCCGUCUCGGCUCGCUUCCAGAACGCCGGCCUGAAGCCCUGGUGGCCCUACUGCGCCAGUGCGCGCCAGAUGCGCUCCGUUGUCCUCGCCGCUUCCAACGCCACCACCGGCAACCACGCUUUCGACACCUUGGAAUGGAAACGCCGGCUCGAGACCUUCGGGGACGACGACGGACCCGUCCUCGCCCGUGGCCCCAACGCCGAGCGCGAUGACAUCUGCGACAUGGGCAGCCUGACCGAUCUAGGCCGCCAGAGCACGUACAACCUCGGCCUCCGUCUGCGCAAACACUAUGUCGACCGCCUCGCCUUCCUACCGCCCACCAUUAGCUCUGCCGACUUCCUCUACCUGCGCUCCACCCCGGUCCCCCGCGCGCUCGAGUCUCUCCAACAGACCUUCUCGGCCCUGUACCCGCCGUCCGCCCGCGAGCCCGGCCCGGACGGCAAGUUCCCCACCCCCACCAUCCUCACCCGCGUGCCGGGGGACGAGACGCUCUACCCCAACGACGGCAACUGUCGCCGGUUCGCCGCCCUGUCGCGGGCGUUCGCGCAGCGCGCUGCUGACAGGUGGAACAACACGCCCGACAUGGAGUAUCUCCAAAAGAUCUACGGCAAGUGGAUGCCCCCGGGCUCCAAGGUCGCCGUGGACUCGCGACCCCGCCUGUCGGGCAUUAUGGACACGGUCAACGCCACGCUCGCCCACGGACCCGAGACGAGGCUGCCCGACGAGUUCUACGACGAGAAGGCGCGGGCAAUCAUGGAGAAGAUCGGCGUGGACGAGUGGUUCGCCGGAUACAAGGAGUCGAGGGAGUAUCGCAUGCUGGGAAUCGGCGGCCUGAUGGCCGACAUUGUCGGCCGCAUGGUCGGGACCGUCGAGCAACAGCCGCGGCCGGGCGGCGGCCGCAUCCGCUUCGGCCUGAGCGGGUGCCACGACACGACGCUCGCGGGCGUUCUGGCGAGCCUGGGCGCGUACAACACGGACCGCUGGCCGCCAUUCACGAGCCACAUCGCAAUCGAGCUGUUCAGGGAGUCCAAGGCCGCAUCAGCCCCGCCCAGCGAGCCGGCCAAGGGCAACUGGUGGGCGUCGAUCCUCGGGUCGCCGCCCGCGCCGGCUAGCAUCGGGCGUAGGCCGAUGACGGAGCUGACGGCCGCCGAGAGGGAGAAGCUGAACGGUUACUAUGUUCGGAUACGUUACAAUGACGAGCCCGUCACAGUCCCGGCCUGCAAGCUGCCCGGGAAUCAUCUCGCGGGAGACGAGUCAUUCUGCACCUUGGCCGCGUUUAAAUCCGUUGUCGACAAGUUCACCCCAAAGAAUUGGAAAGAGCAGUGUCGCAUGAAUAGGGACCAGCCGGCUCUGCCGACAGGGGAACCUGAGUGGGCGGGCUAUUAAAUAAGCGAGCCGGUCUGGAGCAUAUUCCGAGGACGUGCCGCUAGUAUCGUCAAUCAUCAUCAUUAGCCAGGAGUCGGUAUAAAAGGGAAGGGCGUUUGAUACAUGGUAAAAAUGGGCAGACCUUGGCUACCUCGUCCUUUUGGACAGGUUGGAAAAUGAUAGCUCAGCGG